AUGCCGCCCAAGAAAUCCAAUCUCACGCAUGUGACAUUCCACUUCUACAGGUCCGCCGUCUUUCUGUCGGUCCCCUCAGACACCAAAAUAUCAACUCUCAAAGAGUCUUUGGUAUCGGCACUUCAACCAUUCUCCUCCGCCCUUCCUGUCGCAGCGCCCUCUUCCCCAAAAGAUAUCCAGCUCUGGGAAAUUCUCGAGCCUCAAGAGGAAGGAGGAAAGAAGGAGGUUGGCAAUCUGGAAGAAGGAGGCGAUGAAGGGUUUGGAAGUAGAAGUCUCUCAGCGUUAGGAUGGGGCGGGUGGAAAUCGUUGGUGCUGGGAUUCAAGGGUGAAGAUGGGACAUUUGGGACACCCAUAUAUACGCUCCCAGAUCCGGAUGAUGGCGAUGUGGAAGCAGCGCCCGAAGAAGCCUGA